CUAUGUAUUUUCAUUCACUUAUUCGCAUUUUGCACAUUCAUAAAUAUAUUUUUAAAUACCGAGGACGCUUUCAAGAAGCGAUGAAUUCUUACUUUGAGGAUAAGUUCACUCUUCAGCAAUUGGCUAACAUUGCACUUGGGGGUAACCAGUUGACUAACGUCAAUACUAUAGUUCUUCACAGUUUGCUGGGUCUGGUUCUGAAAAAGUUGGAUUGUGAAAAUGAAAAGGUUUCUAUAAGCGGCUAUGAAGCCAAAGAAAUGGAAAGAAUUUUACAAGAAAGCUCUAUAUCACCAAUCACUUUUGAAGAACAGGAAUUCACUACUAUUUUGGAAAGAUUUGGGCAUUUAGAUGAUAUUGAAAAUCAACUCAAUGAAACGGAGAAGCAACUAAACGAACAUUUGAUUGGAAUUCGUCGUUAUUUGAACAAACUUGAAACUAUGGAUCCAUUUUAUUUCGAUGACGAUGACUAUUAUGAAAUAUGCGAAGAUCUUUGCAGUACACUUGACCCAGAUAUCAAAACGGCUUGUGAAAUUUUGACCAGAUCAGCCUUUCUGAAGAACAUACUGCUGCAUAUGUGUCAUCCUAUUAUGAGAGCUUAUAACAACAUUGAAAAGAAGUUAUGUAAGCUUGAAGAGGAAAUUUGUAAGUUAAUGAAACGACUGGAUGCUACAUUUGAUAAUUUUCAUCUUGUUGGUGCGGUAGAAGCGGAGUUAAAUUGGUGUCGCGUAGAAUUUGAUACGUUGCAUGCUACCUUUCUGAAAACUUUAAAUGAGAUUCAAGAUAUUCUCGAUUCUAAGGUCAACAAAUGCCAAAUGUUAGAGAUGAAAGAGUACAUAAGCGAGCGAUUUGAAAUUGUUUGGCAAAAACUAAAGAAACUACGCCUUGAAAAAAGUUGCCAGAGAGCUUCCGCUAUUGUAUCUGAAAAGAAAAAGCCCAAACCUUCGAUAAUAGCAAAGAGGGCUCCGAAGGUAGCAUGCGUCUGUGAAGGUGUGCAUAUGCAGAUUGCUAAUGAGCAGAAACUUCUCCAACGGAUUAAACGACUGUCUAACCAAAGCAUGGAUUCUAUAUUGAUAACCCAAGCUCAAAAAACUGAUCGACUGUCUGUCUCGAAAAGUUUAAAAAUUAUGGCAUAAGGAUCCAACCAUUUCAUUAUUUCGAUUCCGCCGCGACAAUUUGUGCAUUAAAAUCAAAAAAGGACUCAAUUUAGUAACGAAUCUCACUAUAGCGCUUUCUAAAUUCGUAUGUUGAAUUUGCCUACUAAAUAAAAGUGUGCCACGCUUGUAUAUUUGUUAAUGGAUCCAGAUUAAAAUGUUAUAUUUCAUUUGUAUUGUAUAUGUAUGCACUUGCCAUGUGCUGAGAAUAGUAAUUUAGUAAUGCAGCCAUUUAAAACUAAUUUUGGUGUAAGAAAUUUAGUUUUGAUGUGUCCGUUAA